AGAUACCAUCUGGACUUCGGGGAGAAAGCACGAUAAUUGCAGAACUAACAGAAAUAUGUGAAAACGAGUAGACACUCUGUAGCGAAAUGGUUUAAUCUGUAGCGAAAUGGUUUAAUGAGGCAAAGGACAGUUGGAAUAGUCUUCAUUGUGCAUUGUUUACUUGGUGGAUGGAAGAGAAUUAUUUUGGAAGUUCAAGACUUUGCUAACACUUGGAUUUAUCAAUCUGUUUGGCUGUGCUAACAGUUGCCAUAAUCAAACUGCAAUGCUGUAAUAAUACUGGGAUUUUUUAAAGAGUCGGAUUUGGACUGUUCGUGAAUUCCUAAGACGAGUUCAUACACUUUGAUUCAUUUAUACGUGCGUCGUGUUUUGCUUAAAGUGAGCAGAAUAUGGUAACAAUAUGAUUCAUUUAUGUCAUGCUGUACUAACAGGUAGAUUCAUUUAUAUGCCGGUCUUUGCUAACAGUGUCCAGUAAUGAACAGCAUGUUAACAAAUUGAGACUCAUUAAUCUGCAACUCUGAUAUUCGGACUAUGUUAAUAGUGUGAAAUGGAGGCGGAACCCCUCGAUCUUUGCUAUUCUCAGCCGAACCUAUACAGACUUUGCGACAAAAGAAUUUGCAUACCAUGGGAUAAAAAAUGCCCAUGUAAGACUGAAACAGAGUUCCGGUGCUCACUCGGAAAUUGUAUCCCGCUCGAGUUAAAGUGUGAUGGACUUAAACAAUGUUUAUACGGAGAAGAUGAGGAUCAGUGUCUUGUGGGAAUUAUAACGGAAGCGACGGAUACACGAAGUGUUGCACUGACAGAGGGUCUUAGAAUAGUGAACUCCGCUGCGGAAGAGGGUUUACCAAUUCCUGUGGUUGUUACCAUAGUGUCCGUCGGUGUAUUUGUCGGUGUUCUCCUGGCCAUUCUGUUGUAUUUUUACAUCACGAGGAGAAAGAAAAAUAACACUUCCAGAGAAUCCCAGUCAGCAACAGAACCAUUACGGAAAAGUUACAUUACUGCUGCUGUUGAAACGCCAGAUGUAUCCACCAAAUUUAAAGAGACAUCUAAAGAAAAGACUUACAUCUCUAGGAAACCUGAGCGGACACAUUACCUACCUGUGGACAUUGAAUGUGAGGACAGUGAUUUCCAGAUAAAUAACCAAGAUGAAAUAUAUGAAAGAGAACAUCUUGAAACGGAUGACUCUGAAAAUAGUCAUAACAAAUGUGACUGUGAAAAUGGUCAUAACAAAUGUAGAAAAAACUUAGCCAUUAAUCCAGGAGUAGAAAUUUAUGACGUUGACCCCUCAGACGAAUAUAGAGUCAGCGGUUUAGGUAAAUACACAUUUAAGCCAAGAUUAAAGUAUAUGAAAAGCAAACCUUACCAUGAAAUUGACGAGAAGGAUAGAGAUAAGUUGUAUGUGAUAAAUAGUUAUAAACAUUGCUCUGGAAAAAGUAUUUUGCCAUCAACAUUGACCUUUGACAAGGAUCCAGAGAAAUUCUCAAACAAGUUUGCUACAGAUCUAUUGUGCUCAUCUACUCCAAGACAACUAGCCAAACAUUCAGUAAAGAAUGUUGUUUCGGGGUCUCUGGAAAGUAUAACAAGUGAUAUUGAAAUUACGUGAUCACUGACAUUGCAGCAGUUCAAAGUGAACUUGCAGAAAUCGAAGAAAUAUUGACAUUACAGGGCUUGUGGCAUACUGCAAUAGUUCGAAGCGAUAAUGAAUUUACGUUAUUUCAGACAUUGCAGAUGUUCACAAUGAUACUGACGUUACGUGAUUCCUGACAUUCUGUAUGAUUUUGGACAUUUUGACAUUUGAAAGUGGUACUUAUUUACUUGAUGUCUGACAUUUCCACAGUUAAAAGUGAUAUUGAAAUCACAUGAUUUCUGACAAAAGUUCAAAGACGUAUUGAAUUCACAUGUUUUUUAAUAUCAUUUUGACACUGAAUUUGCUUGACUGCCAUUUUUAACAUUGAAAUAGCAAGAUUUCAGACAAGUGUACAAUGAUAUUAAACUGCAUGGUUUCUGAAGCUGUAACAGCUCAAAGUGAUAUGACAUAUUUAUGGUUUCUGGUAUUUCAAAAUCUAUGCUAAAUGUCGUGACUUCACAUAAAUCCUGCACUGGUACCGAAAUGGCAUUUUGUCUGACAUUUAAACAUUACAAAGUAACCUCAUUACUAAUUUCAAUCAUUUUCAUGAAUCAAAAUUUAUUAAUUCGACAAAUUGCAAAAACAAAGUGAUACUCAACUUGAUGAUUUCUGUCAUUCUAAAACAAAAUUCAAAAUUCAAUUGAUUUCUGAAAUAUUUUAACAGUUUAAUUUAUAUUAAACUUGUAUGAUUUUGUUACGUUUAAACAGUUUUAAUAUAAUGAACUUACAUGAUUUCUUACAUUCUAACAGUUCAGUGUGGGAUUUAAGUUCGGUAAUUUAGUUAAAACUGAUAUCAAAAUAACAUGAUAUGACAUUGCCUGCCAUUGUUGCAUUGCAUAGUUAUAUUGUGAUUAAUGACACUCUGACAAUUCAGAAUGCCGCUGUAAAUUAACAUAGAAUUCGCAAAUAUAAUUUACAAAUAAGUUUCAAUUAUCUUUAAAAUAGUUUAGCUUAUUGUUUAUUUGGGUCUCAUCAUUGUACAUAUAUUUACAUACAUACAGAUGUUAAGGUAAUAAAAAGUACAAUUUAGUUUAAUCAUAUUUUAUUGUAAUCAUCACACAAGACAUUAUGGUAAAUGUACAUCAAGACAAUAAUAUACAGAUACAUAUGUAAAUAUAUAUACAACAGCAAACUAUCAUUAUACAAGAUAUAUAUAUAUUACUACUGUACAUUAAGAAGUAUUCAGUAACUUUGCAAAUGUGCGAUAAUACAAAAGGGUUGGACCACAAGUUUUGCCAACAUUAGAAAUCGGUCCGUCCCUGGCUGUCAAAUUAAUGUUAGAUUAAACUAAAUGGCGGAUUUUUGUUUGGACUAGAAUGGAAAAAAUAUAUAUAUGCUUAACAAAAUAUAAUUUUCAGAUAUAAACUUACUUAUAUAUUAGAAGAGUUAAGACAGUAAAUUAAAUAGAAGAAAAGCAGGGAAAAAAGAACAAUCGAAAAAACAACAAAAAAAACAAUAAAACUAAGACAGACAAGCGUAAAAUCAAUCAGUGCACCUAAAGUACAAUGCCAUUUAUAAUAUUGAAUUAUAAGAGACAAUUAAGUACAACACAUUCCCGAAAUUUCAACAUCAUGUCUAAACAUUAAAAUGUUGAAAGUUAAAUAACCUGACUAUAUUACAUGUUAAAUAUAAAUCUAAACAAAAUAUAUGACUGAAAUAUCAUAAUAAAACAAAUAGAAUACACUGCUAUAAAAGUGAAGGUUUCAGUCCUGACACAAAUUAUGAAUUUUCAUACGGACACAAUACAUAUGUUCUUGACAUAAAACAACAUGAAUUAUGUUGAGGUUUUCUUGUUAAAUUCAUGAUUGGCAUUGAUCGCCGUGCAGAGAUCUCUGUAUGAUCAUAAAUCUGUUGUUCACUUGAUUUUAAUGACUGUGAAAGUACAGUAUUUUUAUUACAAGUGUUUCUUCUUGUUACAAAGCAAUGGAAAUCUGUCAUAUGUUUAACAUGCAUGGAAACUCAAAUAAAACUGUACUAAAACAAACCAUAUCCGUAACAAUUAUUUUGUAAAUUUAUUGCCUUCACUUCAUUUCAAGUUCUGUUAUAAUAAAAGGAUAUAAACGACCAUUGCAGUUUUCUGAUCAGUAUCGUUCGACGAAACAUUAUUACGGCUGUUCAGAAACUCACUUUGGUAAAAAAUCAACUUGAGUAUUUUUCAGAUGUUUACUACAGACUUUUACUCUCAUUAUCAUUUAAACAACAACAACAAACUGAACAUGGUAUUGCACACAGUCAUUCUUAGAAUAGAACGACAAGAGAUUAUAAUUAUAUUAUCAAGGUUCAAGGUUUAUUCAGCAAAUUCGGCAUUAUACAUGCCUUUGGCCAUUUACAAAUAUAAUAGGAACAUGGCAUAUUAACAAACAAUACAAUACAGGUAUAAAUAUAUAGUGCAUAACAGUAAAAGUGUAUGCAUACAAUAAACAAACGUAUGAAUUUCAAAACUUUCUUAGGAAACAUCCAAACAAGCAGAACAUAUAUAAUAAUUUACGUGAAAUUAUGUGGUAUUAUUUUUAAGUGCAUUGACUCUAUAUUGCGUGGCUUCUUUAAUAAACGUAGCUAUCUUAACAAGCACCUUCGCAUUUUUCGAGGACAUUAAAUUAUUAAAUUUCUGAAUAGUGGGUCAUUGUGUAGUACCAAGGUGCUUCUUUCUAAUAUCUUUAUAUUUACUACAACAAAGAAUUAAAUGAUAUUCUGACUCCACAACAUUUUGGUUACAUAUCUUACAUAGUCUGUUACUUCUGCCUAUAUUAUUAUAUCUACCUAUCUCAAUUUCCAGCUGAUGUGAAUUUAAUCUCAUGCAAGUAAACUUUUUUCGUAGACCAGUAUUUUUUAAUUUCACAAUAUAAUCCUCAAAACAGAAUGACGUUUUAUAUUUACAGUAACUUACGAAACAAAGAAAAGUGAUAUUCCGUCCUAUGACGGUAUAAUUAUUUUACCAAGCCAGGUGUUCACGAGUGACAUAUAUUUUGACGAUACAUUUAAAUGAAUUUCGUUGCCUCUCUUUUCAGUGGUUGUCAGCAAGUUUCACCAAUUUUGGAGCUCCAUAAUAGUAAAACGUACGCUUGGUAUUUUUCACUGUGAAAUUAUCGGGUAUCAUUCACGAAUGUAAAUUUCACAACUUUAGAUGAAACUGAGAAUGUAGUUUUUUUCCUGACAAUAGCUCUGUUCUGUGCCAAAACUUGUUUUAGUAUAUUAAGUAGGAGAAAUCUUUUAUAUUGUUGAAUAAAUGUGUAAAAACGUAUAAAGGAUGCACUAACUUGGUCCUACAAUUUUAAUAGAAUUUAAUAAGAUGCCUUAUGCUUAAAAAGGUAGUCUGUAAAUUAUAGAGGGGAAUUCUUAAGAUAUAUUUGGUUACUUGUGAAUAGAUUAUAGUCUCUCAAAUUUCUGACUAGAAAGGUUUGCAUGAUUUAAUAUGUGAUAUGUUUUAUAUCAUGCAAAGUGACUUUUUUAAUCAGGUUAUUGUAGAAAACUGGUUAUUAGGUUGUGGUAUGUUGUCGGGCGGGCGGGCGGGCGUCAAAUUUGGUUUCCGCACAAUAACUUUAGUUUGGAACAAGCUAUAGACACCAAACUUGGCCUGUAGAGAGAUGAUAAGAAGACAAAGCUUGGGAUUGCAUUUGGGAUCAUUUGAGUCAAAGUCAAGGUCGCUGUUGCUAAAAAUAGAAUAAUUGGUAUACUUUGUGUGUAGAUAGCUUUUAUCAAACACAAAAGGUUGGAGGAAAUGUUUUCUCCACCACGAGACUGAGUGCCAUGCGCAAGAACCAGGUCCCUAGGUCUAAGGUCAAGGUCACACUUAGAGGCCAAAGGUCAGAUACAAGAAUGACUUUGUCCGAAGCAUUUUUUCUUUAUGAAUGUAGAGAUUUUGAUGUAACUUAAAACAAUUGUACACCAUCAUGUGACGGAGUGUCAUGCGCAGGUCCCUUCUUUAGAAUUACUUCCCUUUGUUGUUACUAUAAAUAGCUUAUAUUGUAACCUUUUCAUUACUAGUCGUAGUGAUAAAUCGAGACCACUUUUCUGUAGUACAACAUGCAUGUUACAUCCAGUUUUGAGGUGUAUUUUGACCUAUCUGUAUCUGGUAAGGAUUUUAUGUGGACUUACAAUUUUUUCGGAUUUUUUUAUUUACUUCCCUUAGUUGUUACUAUAAAUAACUUAUAUUGUAACUUUUUUUAUAACUGAACCUAGGGAAAAACCAAGACCACUUUUCUGUGGUACAACAUAGAUGUUACUUUCAAAUUUAAGGUGUAUUUUAAUGUAUCUCUGGAGUUUUUUUUUGUGGACUUAGAAAAACAAAAGAAUUACAAUAAUUACUAAACAAUCACAAAAUUAAAGUUUCAUUUGAAAAUACAGGUGCUAGUGUAAAGAAAUUUACUGUGACGGGCGUAUAUUGUGACAUUCUGGCACUCUUGUAUAAGAAAUAAAAAUAGAUUUUUGUGCUUUAGAAUGGAAGUGUGUCGUUUCAAAUCUCACUGAGAUCCAAAUUUUUUUGGGGGCGGGGUUGGUGGUGACAAAAAGAUCAUUUUAAUGCCGUUGGGUAGCUAAAAGUAGAAAUUGUAGUAGUAUAUUCAUAGUUUUAAUAAAAAAAAUAUAUGUUUAAUAGAAUAGGACCAUUUUUUUAAAAAUCGUUGGCAUGAAGAAAUUGAAAACCUGGUUUACGUGGAAUUUCCACGUUUCUUGUAUAAAUAUAUCUUAUAUUAUCUUACGUAAAAAUGUAAAAGAAAAACUGUCAAAAGUCUUCACUUACAAAAUGUAGUAGUAAAGUCUGUCGGAGACAUUAAGAUUACAAUUUUAUGAAAUAAACAAAAAAAAUUUCAUCGUUUUGUGAAUAUAAAAUGUUAAACUAACAAUUUUACAACUUCUGUUGCUUUUUUAUUUGGAGGGGAGGAAAUAAACUUGAUUAUGCAAAGAAUGAGAUAUUAGAAGUUCACCAGUUUGAAUGUACUUAUUAUUAUAUUGCGUUUGAAAUGGUACCUACAGGACACUCAAACACAUUACUGAAAAUGUCCUUUCUUCUCUUACUUAUUGUUUAAACAUUUUCAUUUACCCGAACUUUUUCUGAAUGAAUAUUGUGAAAUCCUGUAUGGUCUCUCUGAGACCAGGUCCCAAUUUCACGAAAAAAAAACUUCAGUAAUUACUUACUUAAAUCUGUUAUUUUAAAAUCAUGCUAUUGAUUAAGUUAUUGGUAUUUAAUGUAACAUUGUAUUUAUAGCUAAAAUAUACUAUGGUUAGUAUUAUUUGUCUGCAGUACUUAUUUCAGUCACUCAAAUAAGAUGCACUUAACAAAAUUCCUAAUUGGUCAGUUUAUAUUGUAUUACUAUUUUGUUAAUAAUGCAUGUAUUUACAAGAAACUUCACAUACCGACAUUUGAAUAGGUACUGAAUGACAAAAUGAAUUUAACAAAAUAGUAAUACAAUAUAAACUGACCAAUUAGGAAUUUUGUUGAGUGUAUUUUCUAUUUGAGCACGAUAUUACGAGCUAAGUGUUUACUUAUGUAUAUUUGAGCCGUGCCAUGAGAAAACCAACAUAGUGGUUGUGCGACCAGCAUGGAUCCAGAACAGCCUGCGCAUCCGCGCAGUCUGGUCAGGAUCCACGCUGUUCGCUUUUAAAGCCUACUGCAAUUAGAGAAACCAUUAGCGAACAUCAUGGAUCCUGGCCAGACUGCGCGGAUGCGCAGGCUGGUCUGGAUCCAUGCUGGUCGCAAACCCACUAUGUUGAUUUUCUCAUGGCACGGCUCAUUUCUUAUUUUCAUUCUUCGUUUUCUGUAAAAUUCAGAACUGUUGUGUUUCAAAUGAUCUACGAAACAGUUAUAUAUAUGGUUCUGAUAUAGAUGAAAAAGUCUUUAUUGAAGACGCAUAAAGGGCAAAAACAAGCAUUUGAAAUAACAGACUUAAGUUAGCAAUUACUUAAGUUUGUUUUUCGUGGAAUUGAGACCAGAAUAAUGAGACUGCUAGUCGUUUGCUUGCUCUCAUAUUCUAGUCAACAAACAUAUAAAAUAGUCAAUUUAUAUACUGUAUUUCAUGUAUGUAAUUGUAAUAUAUUUUUAAUGUGCUUUAUUUAUUUAUAUUGCAAAAGAUUCUUCACUUACUGAAAAGUGCUUUAAGCACUAACUUGUAAAAUCGUUCUUUAUUUUUUAAUAUGUUUAAAUUCAAUAAAGAUUAUUAGCAAACUAGAUUGUUGACAUGACGCUUUUUCUUGAAACACAAAUUAUUCAUAUUGCAACAGCUUUAAUUUGAAUAUGCAUAAUUAUUGAAUUUUAAUGUAUAUAUUUCUAGUAAAUUAUUGAUAUUGCAAUAAAUUAUGGUCAACGUGCAUAAAUCGGUUUAAUAAUUUUAUACAAAGGAACUAUCAUCCAAGUUCCAGAAUGACCUCUGACCUUUAGCUUUGAUGUUCUUUUUUUUAUCUUUCCGGAGUUAAUUUCUAAAUUUACAAGUAAAAGUUUGGUUUUAGGGUGCUUUUGAUAAGCACGGAAGCCAUCUGGACUAGUCGCGUAAUGGCGGCUGGUUUUCGUUUGAAUUUCAUUGUGGAUAUAUUUUUUUUACAUUUUGUAGAAAAGUGAAAAUCAAUUUUUAGUACAUGUAUAAGUAGUACUACCAGGUCACAACAGUGUAAUUUUGAUGUGAUUAUACAGUCAGCAUAUGAGACAUCAGAAAUCUCUCUUAGAAAAUACAUGACCUCUACUUUUCUCUUCAUUUUUGUCAGUUUUAUCAUAAUUCUUUAAGAUGAGGUAAGAAUUUGUUGUCUGAAAUGGAUCUGGCAGCUCUCUGAACGUUGUUAGUUUUAUAAAGACUACAUAGAGAAUCUACUUAGGAUAGUGUGACCUAUAAUAUAAUCAAAUUAACACGAACGCGUACGCCGUUCGAGAGUAUUUCAGCUGUCCCGAGACAGCAAUGCUCAAUAUAAUAUUACUAGUAGUAUAAUCAUUUUAAUUGUGUCAAAAGUUAGUUUUGAAGAAUUUUAAGAAACUUUCUUAUCAUCGACUUAAGUUUUCAGGAAUUGGUUAUAUAUAAUUUGUUAACUGGCCUUAUUAAAGCAUUUGCAUGA